CCGGAGGUCGUCGCGGCGGUCGCCUCGAGGCUCGCAGACCACGACGCCGCCGUGCGCCAGGCGGCGUCCGAGGCGGUGGGGCGGCUGGUGCCCAGGGGCGACCGCGAGGUCAUCGCCGCCCUGGCGGGGCUGCUGGACAACCCGAAGCCAGGGGUCCGCGAGUCUGUCCUGGACACCCUCGCGGGCGUUGCGGAGAAAGGCGACCAGUCCGUGGCCAGCCUCGCGGUGGGCCGGCUGGCGGACGUGGCGCCGGCGGUGCGCAUGGCAGCGGUGAGGACGCUGGCCUGCGUCGCCUGCCAGGGCGACCGCGCCGUGGUCUCCGCCCUCGCGUCCUGGCUUGAGGACCGGGACCCCUGCCUGCAGCAGGCGGCCCUGAGGGCCUUGGCGCAGUUGGCAGACAAG